AUGGCUGGUGUCAAAUCUAGAUUAACACAAGAUGAAGUAAAGCAACUGCAACAUUUGUUGGGAGGCAGACAAUUCUCUCUUCUCUAUAAAGCAAGCGUCCAUGGUUACAAUGCUUCUACAUUUCAUGCCAAGUGUAAUGCACAAGGGCCAACUGUAGCAAUAGCAUAUAAUGGAAGUGGUUAUAUUUUUGGAUGCUUGACACAUCAGAGCUAUGUUUCAUCUGGAGAGUACAUACAUGAUGAGAAGGCUUUUCUCUUUAGAUUAAAAGGCAAAGAGGGUGUGCUCAGCCCACUAAAAAUUCCUGUUAAAACUGCAUCAGGUGCUAUAUAUGACUGUAGUGACAAUGGCCCUAAUUUUGGCGGUGGAGCACUACAUUUGUUGAACCAAAAUGCAGCAGCCGCAGUAACAAGGUCUAACAAUAAUUACACAUUCAAUGUUGCUGACCUGCAUGGAAAUGAUCUAGGCCUUAUGGAAUGUGAGGUGUAUCGAGUUGAAGAUAUUAGCAGUUUCCUGGAAUCUCCAUGGAGAAAAAUUACCUGGACAACUGAGGAAAGAGGGAAAAUAAUGGAGGAAAUCAGAUCUUACAAACCUUAUUUAAAUUCAGUGCCACAGAUUCGGAUUUUGGUUCUUGGUCCAGUUGGAGCUGGGAAGUCCAGCUUUUUCAACUCCGUGAAUUCAGUUUUCUGAGGUUAUGUUUCAAGCCAAGCCAUAGCAGGAUCCGAUAAUGCUAGCAUGACAACACAGUACAGGACUUACCCAGUUAAAGAUGGAAGAGAUGGCAAGCCUCUGCCUAUUAUCCUCUGUGACACAAUGGGAAUAGAAGAAAACUCAGGAGCAGGUCUGGAAAUUGAUGAAGUGUCCAACAUAAUAAAAGGCCAUGUUCCUGAUAGGUACCAGUUUAAUCCAGCUGCCACCCUUCAUCCAGAUUCUCAAGGCUAUAUCAAGACCCCUUCUCUGAAGGAUCAGAUUCAUUGUGUUACAUUUGUUAUUGAUGGGUGCAAAACUGAGAUUCUUCCUGAGAAACUGGAAGAGAAGCUGAAACAGCUUAGAAGAAAAGUGAACCAUUUUGGGAUCCCACAACUGGUUUUGCUAACUAAAGUGGAUGAAAUCUGCCCUACUCUUGAAGAAGACAUCCAGUGUGUGUACAAAAGCAAAGCUGUUGAGAAACAGAUGCGGAUAACUGCAGAGAAACUUGGAAUCUCUCUUGCUCAGAUUGUACCUGUUAAAAACUACUGCUCCAAGUUGAAUCUUUCGUGUGAUGUUGACAUCCUGUUACUUUCUGCAGUGAGGCAGCUUAUACGUUUAGCAGAAAGUUACCUUGACAAUUUCCCUUUUGAGAAGCCAAAGAAAGAGCCCUAA